UCGUCUGCUUUUGAUUCAGUUUGAUACUUCGUUACGAAAAGAAGAAAAUCUUAAGAAUAUCGUGAUAAAAUAAUCCAUUUCUUCUGUAAUUGAUUUUUAAAUGAGAAUGAAUGUUCCCUUAUUAUUCGAACGACCGAUUUUGAAUGUGUUGAGGCACUACUCUAGAGGGAUCGCUAGAGUCUCACAGACCGUCAAGGAUGAUCCUUAUUCACAUUUUGCUCUGAAACAGAAAGCUGAAACUAUUCAUCAUGUCCUUGGUUUCAAAAUGUCAAAAGCUAAAAAUUUGCUUAAAAAAGACAGGGCUUUAGCCCAAAAACCUUUAGCUCACUAUACAAAAAUAAGUGAAAGCCUUGGAUCUUUGAAACCAAUAGUUGGGCAAAGUGAAGAAAGCAAAAAUUUAUUUCUGUCUUCACCUCCGGUGGUACUACGAAAUUGUCAGUUCCUUCAAGAAUGUGGUGCCACAAGAGCCACAGCAGAUGUAAUUGCAAGUUGUCAGAACUUCAUGGCCGUACCAAUAGGCGUGUUCAAAAGUUACGCAAAUGUUGAUCACGCUGUUGAUAUACAAGGGCGGUGGUUGGAUCUUGUUUCUGAACCCUCGUGGCGCUUGAAAAAUGAAAAGCUUUUAGAACAACACACCACCCCAUGUAGUUCGAUAUCACAUGUAAGAAAUGUGGUAUUUUCCAGUUACGUAGCCCGAAAAUGGAAAAUACCUUUCCCAAAAGUUUUGAAAUGGGUGGAAGAAGGCAUCAGAACUCUACCGUUAAGCAUACGACGCUUAAUGCGUACUGUCAGCGUUUUACCAAAGAUUGGCUUUGACCAAGAAAACUUGUGGAAAAAUCCUUCCUUGUUACAAUGCGAUCCAGAUAGUCUAGAGCUUUUCGUGUUUACGUAUAAGGAAGAUUUUCUGGGUCAAAGCGCUAGUCAAUUUCUUCUCGAAUUCCCUGAAGUGGCGUAUCAAAUUGAUUUUUCUUCUUUACACUCUAACGUGGAUAACUUGCGAAGAUUCGGUGUACCCGCAGCUUGCAUACGAAAUAACCUUAGAAAUUUGCUUGUUCAAGAUCCGUUGGUUUUACAAGGUAAAAUAAGACAAAUGGAACUUUAUCCGGAAUUGGGUGUGUUUGUGCACCAUCCCAGAUUCACCAAGUUGUUUGAUGAUGUUGAUACCGUUGUCUUACGUGUAAAGACAUUUCGGGCCAUUGAUAAAAGGCAAAUUACAUUCACCGCCUGCACUUGUUCAGCAAAAGACUUUUCAGCUCUUAUUCAACAAAGAGCUCAACUACGAUUGUCAGAUGAGGCACUUCGCUAUCUUGCCAACCGCACAGGACAGUCUUCCAAAAGCGUUAGGGAAAUGUUACGAUCGCAUCCACAAUCAAGGCAAUUGGGAUCAGAAAAUAUGAAGAAAGUGAUGGAACUUGUCACUGCCAGAGGUUUUACAAAAGAACAAAUCUUCAACGGACUGCACUUGGUGCUUUACCCGGUAGAACUUGUAGCCAAAAAGCUGGAUGAGUUACCGACCAGGCCGGAAAUGCAACCAAUCGAAACUACAAUUAAAGAACCUACUAUCCUUCAAAUUGUGGUGUAUAUGUUGGAAGAACAGUUUAUGUUUACGGGCAACGGAGUAUUCGCGAAACCUCCAGAGAAAUUCGACUGAAAGUGUUGCCCGUGGCGAAACAAAUAGUAGCCCUGUGGUCAACUGAAGUUUUUGCUUGAAUAUUGUUGUAGAUAGUUUGUCAAACACAAGAUGCCAUUUGUUCAUUUAAAACAAAUUUCUCCACGUUUA